AUGCAAACUCCCUCGACCGGAUUACCUUCAUUGGACGCAGGGGUCGCUCAAGUUGUGCCCAGGUUACAGAGCUGGUCUGUUGGUGCAAAAGCGGCGACAGAUGCGGAACACAGGACAACAUUCCUUGGUGGCUGUAGACUUUACCCUAAGGCUAUUGCCUGGUCUGUCAUUGUAUCCUUUGUCAUUAUUAUGGAUGGCUAUGAUAAAGCUCUUGUGAACUUUUUCUUCGCCUUUCCAGUCUUUAGGCAGUCAUACGGCCACCCAGUCAACCCGGAUGCCCCUCUAGACCAAAGAGUAUAUCAAAUCUCUUCCGCAUGGCAGGCAGCACUGAUCAACGCCUCGCUGGUAGGAGAGCUUAUUGGCCUAUUCGGUAAUGGAUUUCUCACUGAUAGAAUUGGUUAUCGUCGCACUACAAUCGCAGCUCUUCUCUGGUUAUGCGGAAGCGUAUUUUUGGCCUUUUUUGCAGUAAAUAUUCAAAUGUUACUGGCCGCCCAAAUUUUAUGCGGUAUUCCAUGGGGAAUAUUUCAGACUCUGGCAGCAACGUAUGCCGCUGAUAUCAUGCCAGUCACCUUACGGGCACCUAUCUUAGCAAAUAUAAAUAUGUUUUGGUGGGUAGGGCAACUUAUCGCUCUUGCCGUACUGCGCGGUUUCAUUGGAAAUUCAACACGUUGGUCUUAUCGAGUGCCGUUUGCUUUACAAUGGGCCUUCGCUUUAACGAUACUUUCUGGCAUUAUUUUUGCACCAGAAAGUCCAUGGUGGUUGAUACAACAUGAGAAACCUGAGAAAGCUCGAGAAUCUAUUCUACGGCUGACAAAAUGGAAUAAGGACAAUAUCAGAGUUAACGAGACCAUUGCAAUGAUGAAACAUACAAACGAGAUGGAAAAAUACAUGAGUAACGGCCGCAAGUCAUACUUGAAAUGUUUCACGGGAACCGAUCUGCGGCGCACAGAAAUUGCCUGCCUUGUCUGGUUAUCACAAGCAUUUUCUGGUGGUGGACUGACUGCAUACGUGGCUUAUUUUAAUGAGCAAGUAGGGCUCUCAGUGCCGAACGCUUUUAAUCUUGCCAUGGGGAUGUCUAGCCUCGGUAUACUUGGAUGCAUAAUUUCGUGGUUCCUCCUCCCAUCCAUUGGCCGUCGCCGCUUGUAUGUCUCGGGGCUUUUGGCCACGUUUAUUAUUCUGAUUGUCGGUGGAAUCGUCAGUUUGCUUGUUCGAUCCAGCGCCCAGGCAUGGGUCCUUGGCUCCGCGGUACUCCUUUUCACGCUUACUUACAACGUAACGAUAGGACCCGUCUGCUAUGUCCUAGUGGCUGAAGUCCCUUCCACCCGGCUUCGUAUUAAGACACUUGUCCUUGCUCGUGUGGCUUACAAUGUCUCACUUCUUCUGAUAAAUACCAUCACCACGAAAAUGCUAAACCCGACUGCGUGGGAUUGGAAAGGAAAGACGUGUUUCUUCUUCAUUGGAACAAACCUUUUAUGCAUCGUUUGGUGUUAUUUUAGACUUCCUGAAACGUUUGGUUUGAGUUACCUUGAAAUUGAUAUUCUCUUCGAAAGGAAAGCUAAAAGGGGCAAAUUUAGAACACUGCAGUCGAACCUAGAAAAUGCUGGUUAUUUCAAUUUAUCUCGGGAUGAUGGACAACCUAAUAUAUGGAUUGGGUACUGA